GACAUUGUGUGUGUAUAUAACUCUGGUGUAACCUGGCUCCAUCAGCAGAUCUCCACCGGGUCCUCUAUCCGUCCCACAGCCGCAGACAUGACGCCCUCUCUGGGAUGGCUCUCAGCUCUGAUCGCGGGAUUUUUCUCGGUUCAUGUGCUGCAGAAACUCUGCUUCCCAUACUUCUGGAGGGACCUUAUGUUUCUGCUCAGGGUGAUGAGAUACGGGGCGAAUCUGGAGCUGUUUAAACUGAGAUCCCGCGUGCACACGGUGCUGGACAGGUUCAUCCAGCAGGCUCAGCGCGUGCCGGACAAGCCUUUUGUCAUUUACGAGGGGAGCGUGCACACCUACCGGGACAUCGAGAGGCGAAGCAACAGACUGGCACAUGUGUUCCUGGAGGACGUGAAGUUGAGGAAAGGGGAAUGCAUUGCCUUGCUCAUGAGCAACGAGCCCGACUUCCUGUGCGUUUGGUUUGGUUUGGCCAAGGUGGGAUGCUCCGUGGCUUUCCUGAACAUCAACAUUAAGUCAAAGUCUCUGCUGCACUGCGUGAACUGCUGUGGAGCCACAACUCUGAUAGUUGGUGCAGACUUGGUGGACAGUAUGAACGGCAUCUUGAGCAGCCUGCAGGAGGAAAACAUCCAGGUUUGGGCCAUGAAGAGCCACACUGAACACACACACAUUCACACGCUUCUGGAUAAGGUAGAGGCCGCCUCAGAGCAGCCGGUGCCAGCAUCGCUACGGGCAACCACCUCCCUCAAAGCCCCCACCCUCUACAUCUUCACCUCUGGAACCACUGGGCUCCCUAAGGCUGCAGUGAUCACUCACCUGCAGAGCCUGAAGGCAGCAGCAGGGUUUUGGGCGUUUGGAGCGACUGAAGAUGACGUGAUGUACAUCCCUCUGCCGCUCUACCACAGCGCAGCCUCCCUCAUAGGGAUCGGAGGAACCAUAGAGCUGGGUGCUACCUGCAUCUUGAAGAAGAAGUUCUCUGCCUCCCAGUUCUGGAACGACUGCAGGAAACAUGACGUGACUAUUUUCCAGUAUAUCGGUGAACUCUGCAGAUACCUCUGCAACCAGCCUCCGACAGAGGAGGAUAUGAUCCACAAGGUGCGGAUGGGCGUGGGGAACGGGCUGCGGCCGGACGUCUGGAGGGAGUUCCAGAGUCGCUUUGGGAACGUGAAGAUGUGCGAGGUGUACGGAUCCACGGAGGGAAACCUGUGCUUCAUGAACCACAUCGGGAAGAUCGGGACGGUGGGACGCUCCAACUUCUUCUACAGGCUCCUGUUCAAGUAUGAUCUAAUAAAGUAUGACAUGGUGAAAGAUGAACCAGUAAAAGAUCAGCAUGGUUUCUGUCGGACAGUGAAAAAGGGUGAGACGGGGCUCUUACUGUCCAAGGUGAGUGCUUUGAGCCCUUUCUUUGGAUACGCCGGGAGCAAGCAGCUGACGGAGAGGAAGCUGAUGAGGAACGUAUUCGCGAAGGGAGACGCGUACUUUAACACUGGAGACCUGAUGGCUGAAGAUCAGGAGGGCUUCAUCAGCUUCAGAGACAGAGUGGGAGACACCUUCAGGUGGAAAGGGGAAAAUGUAGCAACGACAGAAGUGACGGAGACUCUGGGGCUGGUGGAGUUCAUCCAAGAAGUCAACGUUUAUGGAGUGGAAAUUAAAGGGCACGAGGGCAGAGCGGGCAUGGCGGCCAUGAUCAUCCGACCGGGCUUCUCCUUCGAUGGGAGCAAACUGUUCGAGCAUGUGAUGAGAGAUCUGCCGGCGUACGCUCGCCCGCUGUUCAUCAGACUUCAGGAGGAAAUGGAGAUGACGAGCACCUUCAAGCAGCAGAAGUUCCAGCUGGUUCAGAGCGGCUUCAACCCCUCCUCCAUCUCAGACCUGCUGUUCGUGUUGGACCACCAGCAGCAGAGUUACAUUCCUCUCACAGACUGCAUCUACCACAGCAUCCUGGCAGGGGAACGCAAGCUAUAGAACAAUAUGUAGAGAAGCAGCUGGAGAACAUGGAGGGAACUCUACAUGCAGAACGUUACGAUGGGAACAUGAGAACUAACGGUUUACUGAAGUCUGAACGAAAGCGUCUAUAAGAGCAUCACCUGAGCAGAAACGUCCAUAGAGAUUUUGGAUAGUGCAUAUUUAAUAGUGCAUAUAAUGAACUAUGAAACUACUUUUUCUACCCCCCACAUCUUCAGCUGAAGUAUUGUGUUGGUAAACCCUUAAUUUAAUGGAAACACCACCAAAAAACACCUUAAUUAAAAGCCCUUAAUACAUGACUCCACUAGCUUUCCCCUUUGUUUCCAUAUUAACUGGAAGCACUGUUCGACAAAUGUAUAAAGAAAAUAAGUUUAAUGUCUUAACUUUGACAUAAGGAGUCUAAAUUAUUGCACAAUUAUGAUUAAGGGUUUCAUUGGUUUACUCAGUUUUGGGCCAAAUGAAUGGAUUCAUUAAUGAUAAGAACAGAUGAAGUUACUGUAAGAUAAGAUUGACUCUAUUGAUCCCAAUUUGAGAAAUGUUUGCAUUGCAGCAUUAUAAAAGACAAGGCAUUGCACAUAUAAAUGAUAUCAAGCCGUUUUAGUGGUCUUUCUAGAUCAGGGGUGUCAAACUCAAUUUCAUCACUGGCCACGUAGGAAUUAUGGUUGCACUCAAAGAGCCGGUUGUAACUUUAAGACUUUAUCAAAAUACAUAUAUAAAUAUUUAAUCUAUAUAAAAUAAUGCAUUAUUGUCACUUGUUAGAUGCUUUUAUCCAAAACGACUUACAUACUCAGUACUGUGGACGAUCCCCACAGGAGCAAUUUGGGGUGAAGUGUCUCAGGGACACAACGACAUGCUGACUGCAGUGGGACUCAAACUUGCUAUCCCCCUGAUUCAAAGUUCAGUGCACUACCUCACUGAGCCACAGCCUCCCCAUUAUAUUACAUGAUUGCCUUUGCAUUGGAUUAUUAUCGGAUAGGGUAAUAAUUUCAGAAUUAACUACGUCUGAAAGCAGAAGUCUAGGGCAAGUAAUUGCAAGUCUCUUCAGUGCGAAUGUCACAAUGAUUUAAAAAGAAAAGCCAAAUUCUGGAGGACAUUUUGAAGAAAAAAAGUCAAAUUUCAGAUGCAUUGUGGGACCUGUAGUUUAUGGGCAACGUGCUUCUGUAAAUCGCCAUGUAACCGUAUAAUAAACAUAUUAUAUUAUUUCAGAGCUGUUGUGGGGCCACAGAAGUGGCGGGCCGGAUUUGGCCCCCGGGCCUUGAGUUUGACACCCCUGUUGUAGAUGGAUUGAAAGGGUACGUCCAUUAAAAGUUCCUUUAAACACAUUUAGUGCCUUAAUUACAUUGGCGCUUAAAGAUAAAUGUGUGGCAGUUUGAGUUACACAAUGUCAUAAAUGUGGCUUGUAAAUUACAAACAUGAAUGGUUCACACCUGUUAUUUAGCCCAGACUGUCUUAGUGAUUUUGGUCCACUGAUUUUAAUUAUAAAACGUCCACAUUACAUCGACCAAUCACAGCACACACUGUAUGUCACUUUUUAUGAAACCGUAAUGAUCGUAUAUUGUCUCGACAUUGAGAGAGAUUAAUUUGCCAUAUCAAAUGUUUCUGAUUCUACAAUUUAUUUAUUUAAUUUCUUUCUUGUGUUUUUUAUUCUUAAUUUAUGCUGCUACAGACAUUUUAAUUAAACAGUCUUGACAAUAGAUGAGCUGGGAUUUCAACUAUCAACCACAAUAAGCUUCCUUUUUCCACAAACCUCAGAGUGAACACAGCUAAUUGUAUUAUAUUAUACCACUGCUUUAUGAACAUGACUAGAAAAUAAACACUUACAGAGUGAGACGUGCAGUCCCACAUCUGACAUUAAAGCUCACCUAUUGUGCAAAA